AUGCGUCGUGCGCUCACCACUACGCACAUGACGGUGUCCGAUGAUGUGUCUUGGCGGAAGAUUCCCCGGAGCAAGUGGUAUUGCGGAUCCCACGGCAGUGGCAGCGAGCCGAACAAGGAUGGCAAGAAGCCGGUCUUGCCGGAGGAUUAUGCAGAGGUGUCUUGCGUCGCGGGGAAGGACACGCGGCUCAAUUUGGUGGAGCUCACGCGCCGUCAGCGCAAGAGGCUGCGCGAGAAGUACUACUGGGAUCAUGUCUUGUGGACGCAUAGCCGGCAGCUGCAGCGGCACCGGUUGUGGAUGCGAGCGAAGGAGGACAGGGAGUUUCAUGAGAUCAUCGAAGAGUAUCAGGAGAUUCUGCGUCGGGAGUACGAGCAGAUGGCGCAGAAGCAGGCAGCUAUCAGCGUGCCAAGGAUUGCGGCCAGGCGGGAAGUUCAGCCGAAGCCCGACGAGGAGACCGCGCGGGAUCGCAAGCAAGAUGUUUGCUUGAUUGAUGCGUUGAGGUCGUUGGGAGUCCAGCUGUCGUAUCAAGAUGACGGCCCCUUCUGGGCCUUGACAGACUGUGCCAUGCCCGGCAAGUACGUUCUUUUCCGAGCCAAGCAUUUCAUGUCCCUAGAGGUGCGCGCAGAUGGCACGAAUAUGUGGCGUACCACCUGCAAGCGUCAUGUUGGCUGCGCCGAUGUGAAACUACCUCUUCUGCUACGUGCGAUGGAAGCCGCUUUCCAGCUGAAGGAGCUGUCCAUUUCCUUUUGCGAGCAAGAGACAGAUGUCUUGGGCGGUGCGAGCUCGGAGAUUCCAGUAGUUGAGAAGAUGCUGGAGUCCAGUGCAACGCCGAGCAGUUUGGCUGGAGAGGGCAGCGCAAGCACUGCUCUGCAGAGCCCAGCUGACUGGCUACAAGUGUGUCGCAACCGAGCGCGGGUGCUUGAGCGGAAGCGCAAGACGACUCAAGACGUGGAGGAGCACAGCUCUUCUUCUACGUGCAGCUUCGCACACUCUUGGAACUUGGCCAUGCCACCAAUGACUCUACAAUGUUUUGGAGUCGCAGGCUCACCGGCGCAGGGCGUGCGCAUACCUCUGCUGCCUUUAGAUGAGGGCAUCGUCGCAUUGCCGGUCCAUCCUACCGGCCAGGAGGUGUCCCCCGAGUUCACGUGGCUGCGCCGCUGCCACCCCCACGAACUGGAUGCUGCUAUUCGAUUCCAGCAAGACGGGCACAAGUACUACGUGCAUGAUGCAGAAAUGGACUGCUCUGUCACAUCGCUCAUUGCGAAGUUCUCUGAGGAGUUUGAUGCAGAUCGGAUCAUCCAGAAGAUGAUGGCCGGACAUCGCUGGCCUCGGGAAGGAUACAUGAAGAAUCUUCAGGAUGAGUCUCUCCAGAUAAGGAUCGCUGCGAUGCCAGGGCUGGAGGAAGUCGCACGCAUUCUACAAGCCCCUGCCACCACACAGCAGCAGGUUUCCGUCGUCCUCCGGAACACGCUCUACAAGUGCGACGAGACAGCUGCAUCUCUUCUCCAGCAGCUUGUCAUGACUCCUGAGGAGAUCAAGGUGCAUUGGAGAGAAAAUGGGGAAACCGCAGCUGCAGCCGGCACGUGGGUGCACUUGCUGUGCGAGUGCGUCCUCAACGGGGGCACAGUGACGGGUGUGUCAGAGGAGAUGCGAAGCUUCAAUGCCUUCCUGCGCAGCACGCAGCCUCUCAUUGCCUACCGCACGGAGUGGUGUAUCUGGGCUUCGGCUGAGAAGAUUGCAGGCUCCAUUGACUUCGUUGCACAGGAUGCGCAGGGCGACCUCGUUCUGUUUGACUGGAAGAGGACCAAGGGUCUGCCAGACAAGUUUGAGAAUCGUUUCGCCUGCAUGAAGCCUCCUCUGGGUCAUCUUCCUGAUGCUACUGGUGUGAAGUACCGGCUGCAGCUAAACAUCUACAAGCGCAUUCUGGAGGUCGGCAAGAUCUGGUACACCCGCGCCUUCGCAGAGCGCCUCUUCCAGGCGCAACGCCUCGCGGCGCAACGGGCUGAGGCUCAGCGCCAGGAGGCGCAAGAGGAGGCGGAAGAGGAGGCGCAAGAGGCCGCUGCCGAACCGUUGCCAGCGCCUGCACUUCCGGCGAAGGCAAAGGCCUCGCUGGGCGAGUGUGCCAUCUGCGGGCAGGAGAUGGAGGCCAUUCGCCUGGUGAAGACGCUGCCCUGCAGCCAUAUCUUCCACUACCAAUGCAUCGACGAGUAUCACAGGCAAAAGCUGCGGGAGAAGAACGUGGACCUCCCGUGCUUCACCUGUGGCGCUGCUUGCCACAAGUCCAUAGCUGCGUUGAUGGCAGAGAGGAGCAAAGCGCGGGAGCAGGCUGCUGAAGAAGCUGCAAGGCAAGCCAAGGAGAGCCGAGCCAAAGAGCCGGCGCCGCGCCGCAAGGGCGCGUUGGCCGCGUUGGCCGCCGCAUCCCACGCCCGGAUUGCUGUGCAAGAAGGGCCUGCCGAUUGCCGCCGGUACGCGGUCAUCCGCGAGCUAGCACAGCGUCGGUCGCAUGGGGAGCCAGUGACCACGCUCGUCAUGCGCAGCCCUGCGACGGCUAGCGCCAAACACCGCGUUGUCUGGAUCGGCAGCCGGAUGCGGGUGGAGGCUCUGAUGAGCAACCCAAGCCCCACCUUUGCCAACGAUCUGUGGCGGUUGGGCGCGCUGCGGCCGGUGGCCAGCAUCACCACCUGUGUGGUGACCAUCAACCUGGCUGAUGUACACGCGUACUGCUUCCUCUACCAGGCCCUAAGGGUCUCCCUGGAGCAAGCGCAGCAGCUCUGCGACUCCCUGCCUACGCCGUCCGACAGUCAGAAGUUCGUUCUCCAGAACAUUGCGGGCGCGGUGACGGUAGUGAACAACUUCGCAGAAAGCCCGCUGUUGUUCUUUGUGGCCCCGACCCAAAGCGUGGUGAAGGACUUUCUGGAAAGCACUCAGGAGGCUCAGCGAGCCUGUGCGUUGGCCGGCAGCCUCCUUGCGUCCUGGUUCAGCCACCUCUACCGCGUGGUCUACCCUGCAGUGUACGAGAUGCAGCAGGGUGCUGUGGCUCAGCUGCGGCUUGUUGGCAUGACCACUUCCUUCAUGACCAAGCUGCACGCCGGAGGGAGCAGAUUGACUUGCGCCUUUGGUGGCAGGCGCCGCCUGGUCUUGGUUCAAGACGAAUACAUGUCUGAGCCAGCGGAGCGACAAGCUGUCAACUUGCUGCACUUCCACGCGGCCCUGCUGGUCGGCGACCCGCACCAAUGCCCGGAGCCGCAAAUGGAGCAGGGCAGUGUGCCCGAUCGCAGGGAGGUGCCCGGGCGGCGGCUAGAGCCCCUGCAGGGCCACAGCUCCAUGCACGUCUUCGCUCCUAUGCUGGACGCGUGCAGGGCAGCAAUGCGGCGGCCAACGCACUACUUCCCCAUCCUUUUCUACAAGGUCACCGACUGUGCGUGCAGUGCUUUGGGGGAGUGCUGCGAGUCUCGCACUAUCUUUGUGCCCUUCAUCCUGGUCGUGGCCUUAGAGCUUUUGCUGGGUAGGGCGCUGCCGGCGGUGGCUGCAGCUAUGGCAUGGCUGCUGGGGCUGAGCCUGGCCAGCGACGCAGUGGCUGAGCUGGCCCGGCUGGAACGCCUGAACUUCCGCGGCCCUUUCGCCACGGGUGGCCUUGACGCGGAUGUCGUCAUCUGCUGCGGCUUUCGCCGCACUGAGGAUAGGGCGUGGCAAGGCCUGGCUUUGGAGCGGGCGCUGGUGUACGCGCAUCUCAGCAGGGCCCGCCUGCGGUGCUAUUGCUUGCUGGAGGCCAGAAUCCCUGGUUCAAACUGGACAUGCGCUGGGGAGUCCAGCUACCCUGCCACGGUGACCUGCGCGACCAAGGUCCUGAACUGCACCUGGACGACGACAGAUUGUCCACAUCUUCCAGCCCUGCUUCAGAGCCGACAGUUCUGGCAAUUGCUGGGCCUGGGGGAGAGAGCUGAGGAGGGCCCGCUGGACUGCCAGGCUCCCACCGGUCUCCGGCAAUACGGCUGGGCAGGGCCCUGGAGCGUUGUGGGGGCGGCAGAGCAACAGGACACGGGAUUCUUGCCCGAUCUCCAGCGGCUUUGGCAACUACUCCGGAUCGAUUCCUUGGCGGUCACCGUCACCUCUCCCCAGGACGUGCUGGUGCAGGUGCCGUUGAAUGCCCACAUGGCUACGGCUGAGGCGGCGCGCCUUCUGGGCAUCACGGACAUGCGUGCUCUUGACCCCAACUUCGUGGCCGAGCAGAUCGUGCGGGUGGCCUUUGAGCAGUACUAUCUCUCUACCGAGGAGGCAGCCAGGUUCCAGAGUGAGGGAGGCCGUUUGCGGACGGCAGUGUCGUCUCACAAAUGGGACGCCGCUUCCGUAGGACCGGGCUUUCCCCCCAUUCGACGCUCCGCUUUCGGUCCCGCGGCGCUCGGAGCCAUGGAGCCCCCGGAGAAGAAGCCGCGGCACGACGGCGUCACGGACUUCGCCAGGGGCCAGCGGGACUUCUCUCAGGCGCCGAGCGCCGGCGAGAGCAAGGCGAUUUGCGCGGACUUCACCAGCAAGGAGAAGGAGUACACGAACGGGGUCAAGGCAGCGAACAACUGGAAGAGCCACAAGGGCCCUUUGACGGGAGAGUUGGUGCGGAUCCCGGACGUGGACUCUGGCUAUCCCAAAAGCGUGUUCCCGACUGAGUGGGAGGAGGGCCAGGCUUUGCCCCUGUCGGUGCAGAGCUUCGAUCUCGGCAACGGCUUCCCGGACCAGAACGAGUUCCGCAUGAAGUUCGGGGUCAUCAUCCCAUCGACCAACACCACGGUGGAGUACGACUACUGGAGCAUGGUGAUGUCCAACCGGGAGGUCUGCAAGGGCAUCGGCUUCCAUGUCUCGGGGAUCUUGAUCGAUAGCCCAAAGCUGGCCACGGACGAAGAUAUGCUCCACUUCCUGGCCAUGUUUCGCAAGCAACUCUUUUCCACGGUGGACCGGCUCAUGACCGCGGAGCCCCAGUACAUCAUCAUGGGUAUGUCUCUGGAGACCUUCUUCGGUGGUUGGGAGGGCAAUAAGGAGUUCAAGCAAGAGCUGACUGAGCGCACUGGCUUGAACAUUGCCACGGGGGCAGAAGCUUGUAAGGCGUCGCUGGAAUGCUUCGGUGCCAAGCGCAUCACGGUCCUUACGCCGUACCAGGAAAUAGGCGACCGCAACGUGGUGAAGUUCUUCACCGAAAUCGGCUUCGAGGUGGUCCGCAUCGCCGGCCUGAAGUGCGGAUCCGCGACGGACAUUGCUCACGUGCCUGAAGCCUGGUGUGAGAAGGUGAUCCGCGAGCAUUUGCACAUCCCCAACAUCGAUGCGAUCGUCCAAUGUGGGACGAAUCUAUCCAUGGUGCCGUUGGCGGACAGGCUGGAGCGCGAGUUACAGGUUCCGAUCAUUGCAAUCAACGUAGCGUGCCUGUGGUUUGGAAUGCGAGAGGCUGGCAUCGAUGCCAAGCUGGAAGGCUGCACUCGCCUCUUCCGCGAGCAUUGAGGCCAUGUACAGCGAGGCCAGCAGUGAGAGCGCUGGGCCGUAACCAACUUAUCUCCCGUCAAGUGGCUGUGGUUGUCCAAAACAAAUGGGUAACCUCAAAAUGGCUUGUCGACUGGAAAUGGAAGCAAGGACUUUUAAAACCUGCCGUCCAUAUCAUGGUG